AUGUUCAAUGAGUCUCACUCGAAUAUUCGAGUGUUACCGUAUCGCAUCUGCGAACGGGAAAUGAAUAAUAACCGAUAUCAAGAGGUGGUGUUUCCGUAUUCUAUUUCGUCUGCGUCGGGAGUCAGCAUGUUGUUACAUAUUGGCAUUACUGCGUUUUCUGUCGCCGUCUUAUCCCUUACUGAGUGCUGUGGUAAAAAGCCGGCGUCCGAACCCGAUCCCAAGGAGUCACCUAUUAAGCUCAAGUCAACAGAAGCAGUUGCGGAACUAAAGGAUACCAAAUCCACUACUUCAGGCGAUCCUAAGAAGAAGAAUAAUGAGAAAUUAACACAACCAGUUCAGAAGCCACCGCCACCCGCCACUCUCCCAGAGGCUGGAGCUGACGACGUCGGUUACGAAUCAUGCCCCGAUAUGACACCAGAAGAAUUGGCGAAAGUGGUAGCAGCUCCAAAAUAA